UCCACUUUUUCAUCCAAACAACAAUUUAUCCAUUCACUUACACCCCCAACAACUUGCGCCCACAGCAAUUUCUCUCUCAGCUUGUAACCACUCGAAUUUGCACCCCUAGUUGUCAAAGACAUCAAACACAAUCAUGGUUUCUAUUAGGGCUGGAUUUUCGGUUAGAUCGGUUAUAACCGAAAUGUCGGUUACCGAUUAACCGUGACGCCGGCCUUGUCUACCGCCAACCGCCCGACGGAAGCCAUCGGUUAGCCGGUAACCGACCGGUCGGUUACCGGUUAGUUGCUCGGUUAACCGUGGUAACCGACCAGACGGGUAUUCGGAGAAGAAGGAAAAGAAAAAGAAGGAGAAGAAGAAGAAGAGGAAAGCUGCGGAGAUGGGGAGCGAGGGUGAGGAGAGGAGGCUGAUUUUCUGAUUCUCUGGUAACCAAAUCUUCCUUUUCAAACUCCCCCACCGCCGGCAAAACUUCAUACACCCAAAUCAUCCGCCUUUUCCCCAUCUCCUCUGCCUUCCAUUUCUCUGAUUCCCUCCGCUGCCGCCAAAAUUGACGAAUCUCCGAUUAACAAUCUCCCCCCCAGAGACGCUCCACCAGAUCUUCUCCUCCCUCACCCUCCGCGAAAUCGUCGCCUGCCGAUCCGUCUGCUCUGCCCUCCCCUCCCAUGUCGGGAGCUUCAUCAUCUCACCGGUUCCAGCAACGUCCAUGCUUCUUCUUCUCUGGCCGGGGGGAAGGGCUUCGAAUCAAAAGGGGAAGCGAGGAAUCAGAGAUUCGUGGUUCGAGGGAAGGAGAAUUCGAAGGUGAACGGGGUGGAUUUCGACAACGACGAGGAUAAUGGGAACGGGAACGGCGAGGAGGGAGAAGAGGAUUCGUUUGAUUGGGAGAAGGAGAUGAGGAAGAGAGUGAAGGAGAUCGAAGAGAUGAGGGAGUUGGAGAAGAAGGCGGAGGAGUGGCGAUGGCGGAUUCAAUCGCAGAGGAGUGGCGAUGGCGGAAGCAAUUUUCUUGCCCAAAGUGGCGAGCAGAGGAGUGGCGAUGGCGGAUUGGCGGUUGCUGGGAGUGAGAAGGGAGAAUGGGGCAGGCGCGGCGUCGGGGAGAGUGAGGGCGGCGCGGCGGCGGCAGGAGACUGCUGUGGGAGGAUUCCGCUGUGCUGCAUUUCUGCCGACUGUGGAAGGCGAAGGAUGGCUGGCGAAUUCGCGAUGGUUAGGGUUAGGAGGAGACAGACACAUCACACAUACGGCGGCGUUUUGGGGAGGGUGAGGAUGCGCCGGUUAGUCGGUUUAACCGGCGAUUAUUUACGUCGGUUAUCCGGUUAACCGGCCUUCCCAACCCUUCUACCGCCAACCGCCCGCGGCCUCUAUUUUUCGGUUAUCGGUUAACCGGUAACCGCCGGUUAACCGGCAACCGAUAACCGAAUGGCCAGCCCUAGUUUCUAUAAAACGAAAAAAGAAAAAAAAGAAUAAGUGAACGUUUAGUAA